AAGACAGAGGCCUGCACAGCUUUUCCUUUGCAGCUGUGGCUACUAGGAGUUCAUCUGAACUGCCUCUGGCCCUUUGCAUAACCUCAGGCUUUACUCUGAGGAAAGCAAUUCCUUUUAAGGAAACAUCUGAUUUAACUCAAUUGCUGCUUGUCUGUGUGGCCAUUCCAUUCCCCUAGACAAGAAAUGGAGCAACAGUCUGAUGCACAGGGGACUCUGAGCCGCUUCCUUUUUUUAACUUCUGUGCCAGUUGUUGGCCAAAAAUAAACCCCAUUCCACAACCAUAUAUGUUCAACCACCCAGUGGUGAUUAUCAGGCCUGCCAGGUCCCUAUGGGAUUGUUGUUGGUCCAUUUGCCAGGAUACACUGUCCUAUUUCCUAAACACACAGCUCUGCCCGAGCUAUGCACAUAACCCAGCUUAACUGGGAAUGCCUUCUGCAUCUAUUCUCUUUCCUGGACAAAAGUAGUAGAAAGAGUUUAGCCCAGACAUGUCACAAAUUGCUUGAAGUGUUUCAGGAUCCGUUACUAUGGUCUGUGCUGCAUUUCCAUUCUCCUGUGGAAUUAAAGAAGAAUAAUUUUCUCUUGGGACCAGCUUUACGGUACCUGUCCAUCUGCUGGCAUUCAAGCAGAGUCAAGGUGUGUAAUAUUGAGGACUGGAUGAAAAACACAUUCCAGAAAGACAUCUGUCGCACGCAUGAAAAUGUUGUUAAUUAUUUUUUAAUACAAGUUUGCAACAGGUGCCCAAACUUGCUGUUUCUGAGCAUCUCUGGGUGUGGCCAUGUCACAGAUGAUUACCUGCUGUUACUUCUCAAGAGCUGCCCAAACCUCAAGACACUCAAACUGGAAAACUGUGUGCGAAUCACUGACCGGACUCUGGAAGCUGUGACCCUCUAUGGAGGCUCUUUACAAACACUCCAUGUGGAUUUCUGCCGGAACAUAACUCGGGCUGGCCUGGAGACAGUCCAGGAAAAGUGUCCUUCGGUAAUGCUGAAAGCAGAGAGAAGUGCAGACAUGAUCCCAGAUAACCAGCCAGGGGGAAAACUGAUGCUUGAAAAAGCAGCAAGAAAACUGGCCCUGCACUGACUUGCAGAAAUGCAAUAGUUAUGAAUAGAUUGAGAUGCUGAGAGUCCACUCACUUUGCAACUAAGUUGAUCUCUGCAUUUUUUGAAAUAAAAUCAAUAUUUUACACAUUACACAAAUAACCCCCAAGUGAGGCGCUUACCUUCAUGGUGCCAGUCUGGCACCCAUGGCCCUUCAUUGUGGAAAAUUUGUGCUGGCGCAAAGGUGAUGUUAAAUCCUGACUCGCUGCUAAGGAUCCUGCUGGGGAUCUUCCUCAUUGUGGGAAGUCAGUGGUGUAUAGUCUGGCUAUGCCAAACUGAGGGGAGAGAUUUGAUAUGGGUUUAAUCACUGGGACUACGCUGCAGCUAACAUUUACAGUGCAGAGACCCCUCCCCCCAUUUUUUCUCCCAUAAUUAAUGGGGGAGGGCAGGAGAGUACGUUAGUAACUCCCCUUCCCUUUUCACCCAUGGCCCUUCAGCAGAUCCUUACAAUCGCAGGGGGUCUUUAACCUUUCCCUCCAGCAGUGCCUUUGACCAAUCACCCUCCUCAGAGGAGCAGUAUGGUGGACUGUCAUAAAGAGGGGCUGGCUCCCUGCCGUCACACUCAUAUGAGUCCUCAACUAACCCCAGCUCCAUUACUGAGCACUUGUCCUUAAGGCCUUUCCCCAAGAUAUUUAUUUACUACGGUAUGUUGUCUUUUACGGAGUACUGCACACACAGGGUACGUCUAGACCUACCCUUAGUGCCUGGCAUGUUGUGUGUGAACAGAACCCACCUGAGCGAAGUGUGAAGGAGGCAAAAAUCUACAACUGCACCUGUAGAAAAAAAAUUCCUUCCCGGCCUUCCCUCACCAGGGUGGCUAGCAGACUGCCCACAACCGAGAUAGUCAAUAACCCGGGGAUUGACCACCGGCUUAGGAAGGGUGGGUGGCCUCCUUUCCAGAGAUUUUAAGUUUUCUUCCCUUGCCACAUGCCCUCAAGAAUUGCUCUUCUCUCCCAGACAGCCCAACAAUCCCCCCCUUGCAGUGUGCAUGUAUCUUUGUGUAUGUAAUCCUGAGAAUUACUCCCUUGCCUGCCUCUCAUUCUCCACUGUAUAACUGGCAAAUGAGCCAUCACAGAGGCUAGCGUUUUACAUGAACUCAAGCUACUAUUGCUAUUUUUAAAAAGUGAACAUUUGCCAACAUGUUGCGAAUACAUCCUGGCUUCCUCCUAAAUUCAGAACUGCAUGUAACUGUGGUACCUCCACUAUUAUACUAUAUUAACCCUUGACUUUUCAUCAUUGGCAUUUGAAAAACACAUUCAACUCAGCACCUGUUACCAAGAGGAGGAGUUUUCUUACCACACCGUUACGAGAGAUGUAGCCGUGUUAGUCUAGUCUAGCUGAAACAAAACUGAUUCUUUGUCCAUGCAGAUGCCAAUCUUGAGGCAUGUGCCCCAGGAGUGCAAUGCACGUGGACAAUCCUCAAAAGAAAACCUUGCUCGUUUUGUGCUGCUGCUGUUCCUUGUUUUAGGUCAUUGCUUUGGGCAUGGGAGAGUAGAACACACACAUUCCUUUGGCCCAGAUAGCCUUGAGAUCAAGAUUUAUUUCAAUUGAAGUGUUUCCUUCUUUGCUUAGUGUUUGAAUAGAAUGACACCAUGUAUCCUUGAAGCUGAUUCUUAUCACAAGGCAGUUACUUGUUUGCCAAAUCUAUUUUCUGAUGUAAAGUAGGUUUCAAACAAUCCCAGUAGAACCAGAUGUUAACAUAUUGUACCAACUGGUCAUCUUUUGCACUGCAAUAAAUGUGCAACCAGCUGUGGAGUAACCGAAAUUAUUCUUAUUGGGUACUACAGAAAGUGGAAGGAAGAUUUCUGCAGCUUUGAAUAUUAAUUUAAUUGCAGCUUGAUCAAGAAAAUAGCAUAAAUGCAGUUUGAGGGAGAGGCAACAAAGUACGUACCACACAACUCUAAAGAGUGCUGGUAACCGGUCAGGAAGAUGAUCUCUCAGGGGUUUGCUCUGUGAGAGAAUAUCAUAACAGACCAAGAAAAGAACGCCAAAUACUGCUGCACAUUGGCAACUUAAGGUCAGCAUGUGACUCCAUAAUGUCCUCAAAAAUUCAAACUCCUUUAAUAUCCUGUAAAGCUAAGCCAACACAAUUGGGACGAUCCCAGACAAUACAAGGGCAGGCAGUGACCCCAACCUCUCCCUCUCCCAGCGACUGUGGGUCUGUACAAAAUAGAGGCCAUGUGGAAGUUGGAAAGGCCAGACAGUUCUCGGCUUGCGCAGCAACAUAUAAAGCUUUAACUGUACUAUCAACCAAAACAAAGUGUGAAUUCAAUGGUGGCUCACCGACAGUUUAGUGAACACCAUGUGUGUCACAUGGACACGUCAUGUAGGGUUCCUAAAAAGCCAGAUACGCUAAAAAUGUUCUUUACUCCAAAUUUGACAAUUAAAAAACAGCUUCAAACUGCCCAUGUGCUCAAUGUGCCAAUAUUAACCAUUUUUUUGGUUAUACAUUUUGCCUGUGGCCCAAACAACAAAGUGUGUUCUGAACAAAUGCCUUCUUGACAACUGUACAACAAGUCUCAGAACAUGAUCUUGUUUACGCCAGUUACCUGUUCCUCUAAGUAAGUACCAUCAUAUUUUUCCCCUUUGUAUAUACAAACUUCUUCAUGAUUUUGGGCCAUAAGAUGGCUACAGAAAACAUUUUAAUAGUCACAACACCAGCACCAAAAAACCUAGUAACCCUCUCUGCAUUAAUUACCUUUUACAUGAACUGCUUUGGGCAGAUGUAAAACCAUUGUGUUUUUUUUCAGAACAUUCUUAAUAGUUAAGCAAAAAAGGUCUCUCUUUGGUCAAGUAUUUCAGUGCUAACUUUCCAUAUACAUAUGGCAAGGAUGUUUGGGCACUACGGGGAUUUUUAGCUUAGGUACAAGGAGUGUUGUUGCAGAGUGAAUGGAGAAGCCAAAACAACCCUGAGUGAGAGAGAGGAAAAGAGAAAAGCAAUCAUCUUAACAAUGAAAGUUACCAGAAGCUCGCUCCACCCCGCCCACACAUUGGUCAUUUUCGUGGCAGGAAAAAUAUUUUCAUGUAUAUAGAUUUAUUCUAGAUCAUAACCAAACAAAGGGAGCAAAAUAAACAGUUAUAAUAUUAAAUCUAACUACAAAUGGUAGGGCUAGCAAACCACAACUGAUAAGCAGGGUCAGGAGCUUGGGGUUGGGAGGAAGGGAGAAGAGAGAUGUCACCACUCUGUGAAGUUUGGACUGAUUGGGAUUCCCACAUGGUAGCUGGGGGAUCCAGAGUGUUGGAGACGAGCAGAACCGAGCCGCCUGCACAAUCAGUCCGGAGCAGAUGAAGUCCCAAUAGAUCUGAUGCAGACUCUAGAUCCGGGCAUCAGAACACUUUUCUUGAGCAAGGGUAGGAGUUUUUGUAAGGACACAACAGUGGUUCAAGGGGGGCACUGGAUUUGUUUACAAGUAAACAGGUGGUUCAAGGGGAUAGUCUAAAAUUGGUUUGGAUAGACAGGACAAUAGAAACGGCUCAUUCCCAGCCAUGGGCGGAGUUCCUCGAGAGAGCUUGUGCAAUUAGGCAGUUUCAGCAUUUUGGGUAUCGAUAUCUGUUACUACGAUUGGUCUGAUAGUUACUGAUUUGGGCGUGAGCAGGCCUGGGUUCAUUAGCAUCCAGAGCACAGAUUUCCCACCAGGCAAUGCUUUUCUGCUUUAUCCCAUAGUUCUAUGUGGUUCUUGCUUUGGAGGUGCUGCUCUUCAUGC